AUGUCCCGCACCAAGGAGACCGCCCGCACGAAGCGCAGCAUCACGGCGAAGAAGAGCAAGAAGGCGCCGAGCGCGGUGUCCGGCCUGAAGAAGGUGCACCGCCGCUGGCGCCCGGGCACCUGCGCGAUCCGCGAGAUCCGCAGGUACCAGAAGAGCACGGAGCUGCUGAUGCAGUGCGCGCCGUUCCAGCGCCUGGUGCGCGAGGUGUCGAGCGCGCAGAAGGAGGGCCUGCGCUUCCAGAGCAGCGCCAUCCUGGCGAUCCAGGAGGCGACGGAGGCGUACAUUGUGUCGCUGUUGGCGGACACCAACCUGGCCUGCAUCCACGCGAAGCGCGUGACGAUCCAGCCGAAGGACGUGCAGCUGGCGAUGCGCCUGCGCGGUGAUCGCCACUAG